ACAAAUUCACACUCCUAUAUAAACAGGUCGGGCCAGAGAUGCCUCCAACUCUGGUUUCUUUUCACAGACGUUUCUGCAGAGCUAUACAAUCUGAAGCAUCAUGAAUAAGCUGCUGGUCUUUUCUGUGCUUUUUGCACUUUUCGCUCUCAGUGCCGAAAGCUUCCGUGUGCCGAGGCAGGCUGAGGAGGACGAGGGGACUCUCACUAAGCUCUCAUCUACCUUCAAGUCCUACUAUGACGGCGCUGUCAACACUGUCAGUGGAUAUGUGGACAGCAUCAAGGACAUGAAGCUCGACGAGAAAGCAAAGAAUAUUUACAGCGACACUACCGCGGUCGUGGGCACCUACGCCGGCAUUAUGCAAGACCAGCUUUAUCACAUUUUUUACCAGCAGUAAAAAAACAAAGAAAGAAAAAAUGAAAAAAACAAAA